CGCAGUGGUCAACUUCACCUUUGGAGAUGGCUUUGAAAAACUACGAGAAUUCAAAGUGCGUUCUGAUACUGGAGAGAUUUGCAUUGCCUCUUGUCUGGAUUAUGAACUAAGAAACGUUUACGAAUUUCCCGUUAUCGCCACCGACAGAGGUGGAUUGAGUACAACAGCAAUGGUCAAAAUCCAAGUAACUGACGUCAACGAUAAUCGUCCAGUUUUCUACCCACCAGAAUACAACGUUUCGCUCCGGGACGGUGGAGGCUCAUCAUCAGCCACCUCACCAGUUGUAGUAGUAUCCGCCACCGAUUUGGACUCUGGAAAAUUCGGCACUGUCCGCUACAAAAUCGUUUCCGGCAACGAUGCCGGAUUAUUCCGUAUUGACAAAAACACCGGCGAAAUUUUCAUCAAUCAACCUCAACAGUUAUCAACCAAAAAUCAACCAUAUCAUCAUUUGAAUAUCAGUGCAACCGAUGGAGGAAAUUUGAGAUCCCUAAAAGAUGCUGAAGUGUUUAUUAGCAUUAUUGAUUCAACUCAAAGACCUCCAAUUUUUGAUCAGGCUAGAUAUGUGUUUGCUGUAAUGGAAAAUGGCAAAAAGGACUUUGUUUUGGGACAUGUCAAGGCUACAGUGAAUAAUAAUGGUCGAAGCAAUAUACGCUACUCCAUCUACUCCGGAGAUCCGGACGGUUUGUUUCGAAUCGACCCGAUAACCGGGGCGAUCAAAGUGUCCGGAAAUCUGGAUCACGAGUCUAGGGCUUCGGUUCUACUCAACGUGCAAGCGACCAGCGGCAAUCCUCCCGUUUAUGGACAUACACAGGUCAACAUCGAAAUAAAUGACGUCAACGACAACACGCCGGAAUUCGAAUCUCCAACAGUCCGCAUCUCGAUACCGGAAAACACCGAUAUUGGCGUUGCUAUAUACGCAGCUCACGCUACCGACAAAGACAGCGCUUCUAAUGGCUUGGUGCGCUACAAGCUGACUAACACCGGUUCAGAACUCUUUAGCAUCGACUCCAAAUCCGGCCAUUUGACUCUGAAGCGGAAGCUAGAUUAUGAAGUGUACAGAGGCACACGUUAAUAGUGACUGCUACUGAUUUAGGAGUGCCAGCGUUGUCAGCUAACUUGACUAUAUUGGUUGAGGUGCAAGAUAUGAACGAUAAUCCGCCAGUGUUCGAGAACAGCCAGUAUGGUUUGAGCGUUUUGGAAUCUUUGCCAAUCAAUUCACAAAUCACCCAAUUUACAGCUGUAGACGCGGACACUGGCAACAAUGCCCGGAUAACUUAUCGUCUACUAACGUCAAACCAAACCAGCGAUCAGGUUUUUGGAAUUUUUCCAAAUUCUGGCUGGUUGUAUCUUAAAGCAAACCUGGAUAGAGAGACCAAGAGCCGCUACAACCUCGUGGUGGCUGCCAGAGAUAACGGUUUGCCACCUCAAACAGCUACAGCCCAAGUGACUGUAGAGGUUGUUGACGUCAACGACAACGAUCCAGCGUUUUUGGCAGAAAACUACCAAUUUCAAAUAGAAGAAAAUCUAUCUAGAGGCACUUUUGUCGGCAAACUUCAAGCCAGCGAUAAGGAUUCCGGUAUAAACGCCGCCUUGCGUUACAGUCUGAUACCGAACAACGGUAGUUUCCAAAUUAACGUCGCUACUGGUGAAAUCACCACAAAAGAAAUCCUGGACCGAGAAUCCAAAGAAACCUACGAUCUAGUAGCUGAAGCCAAAGACCAAGGACAACCGUCCAGAAGCGCCCGAGUCAGCGUCCGAAUAACCGUCCUGGACGUGAAUGACAAUGCCCCGGAAAUAGUCGAUCCUCAAGAGGACGUGGUCAGCGUACGUGAAGAACAAAGCCCUGGAACCGAAGUUGUCCGAAUACGAGCCAUUGAUGCAGACAACGGAUACAAUUCUUCAAUCACUUAUUCUUUGCUUAAAGACUCUGAUGGUCAAGAAACUUUUGCAAUUCAUCCAAUAACUGGACUAAUAAGAACCAAAUUGGUCUUGGACCAUGAAGAAAAAACUAUUUAUCGUAUUGGAGUUGUUGCUAUAGAUGGAGGAAAUCCUUCAAAGCAAACAGUAAGAAUGUUGAGAGUAGAAGUACUUGAUCUCAACGAUAAUCGGCCUACUUUUACCAGCUCUAGUUUAACUUUUAUUGUAAGAGAGGAUGCCAAGAUUGGUCAAGCUAUUGGCACUGUAGCCUUGACUUCUUUGGAAGAAAAUAUUGUCCCAGACAGUACUGCUACUCAUAUAACUUACACAAUCACUGGUCCAGUAAAUGCAUUUGAAAUCGAACGUAAUACUGGCAAAAUCGUUGUUGCCCAAGAGCUGGACAGAGAAAAACAAUCUGAAUACAAACUGGAAGUAAGAGCUAUGGAUAUAAGGGCCAUGAAUAAUCCGCAAAGUAGUGCAAUUACUGUCAAAAUUGAUAUAGCGGAUGUCAAUGAUAAUGCACCUAAAUGGCCCAAAGAUCCUGUAACAAUCCCUGUAAGCGAAAACACUGAAGUUGGCUCAACGAUUUAUAACUUCACUGCUAGUGAUUUAGAUAGCAAUGAAAACGGUGACAUUCGGUAUUUGUUAAGCCCAAAUACAUUCUUCACAAUAGACUCUUUGACGGGAAGUUUAAGUUUAACAUCCGCAUUAGAUUUUGAAGCAAUUAAAGAACACUUUUUGGUUAUAAAAGCUAGUGAUCAAGCCUUGAACGCUUCACAACGUCUAAGUAGCUACCUUACAGCCAAAAUCUUAGUAACAGACUUCAAUGAUAAUACUCCAAGAUUCAUAAUGCCUUCAAUAGUAUUCAUCAGCGAUAGUUUAUCAGUUGGAAUGAAAAUCACAAACAUCUUAGCAAUGGAUGAUGAUUCUGGUGACAACGGCCGAGUGACUUAUAUUUUAGCCAACAACAAUGAAUUUUCUUUGGGCUAUGACACAGGAGUUUUAACCUUGGCCAAACCUCUAAACAGGAAAAGUUACACUUUAAACAUUACAGCUAUUGACCAUGGAAAACCUACAAACCUACAAGCUAGCAUGAAACUUAAAUUGCUAGUGCAAGACACUGCUAAUAGUUUUCAGAAGUUACUAGAGCCUGAAUAUGAGGCCAAUAUAAUGGAAAAUGCUGGAGUAGGCACGUUGGUGACUGAAAUAGUUGUCAGAUUGGAUAAUGUCUCUUUUCAUUUGCCUCUUGGAAUUGCCGACGAUACUUUUGAAGUACAUAAUAAUGGCAAGGUUUACACCAAAAAGCCUUUGGACAGGGAAGUUUUGGAACAUUAUACAAUACCUGUUUAUGUUACUGAUCAUUCUACGCAAAUGUUUGAUAAAACUAGGCUCGUAAUCAAUGUAAUGGAUAUAAACGAUCAUGCACCGAGGUUUUUAGUUGAAUCUUGCCAAAGACUUGCCAUUCCAGAAAACAGUGAAACUGCAAUUUUUCAUACAGUGGUUGCAAACGACCUAGACAGUGGUUCUAAUGGAGAAAUUACCUAUUCAAUUACAAGCGGUAAUAUUCGCAAUAAAUUCAGCAUUGACCCAAAAACAGGUGACCUAACAGCUAAACCUUUAGACAGAGAAAGCAAUGCAAGAUACUUUUUAACAAUAACAGCCCAAGAUCAUGGAGCUCCUUCACUACAAGGCCUAUGCAACUUGACCGUGUAUGUAGAAGACCAAAACGAUAACGAUCCAAAGUUUGACUUAUCCAAAUACUCAACCACAAUGCUAGAAGAUGUCCCAAUUGACACUUCUAUAAUGAAAGUGCACGCAUCAGACGCUGACACUGGCCUCAACGCAAAAAUAAUCUACUUCCUAGCCAAUGAAAGCCAAUGGUUAUUCCGCAUUGACAACAACACUGGAGUAAUUACAACAGCGGGCUUAUUUGAUCGAGAAAGAAAAUCCGAAUACAAUUUCAUGGUUGUUGCAACUGACAGCGGCAAAUACAAUGCCAGAUCCACAAAAGUGCCUGUAACUGUUUAUGUAAAAGAUGUCAACGAUAAUAAGCCUGUUUUUACAAUGUAUCCGUUUAAGGAAAAAGUGCCUGGCUAUAUACAGCCUGGCCAAAACAUCCUAAAAGUAACAGCAAAAGACAUUGAUGAAGGUACUAAUGGUGAAAUUGUGUAUAAUUUAGUCAAUGAAGGCAAUUUGGGAAAGUUUCGUAUUAAUCCCAAUUCUGGUGUACUGACAGCAACUCAGUCAUUGACCAGCAGCAACGGCAAAGUAAUUUACUUAAGCGUAAUAGCAACAGACAAAGGAAAUCCUCCUAAAAGCUCCACUGGAUUAAUAGAAUUAAUCGUAGGCGAUUUACCACAAGCUUCUUUAAGUUUGCGCUUCCAAAAUGACACCUACGACGUCACUAUACCGGAAAAUACCGAUCAAUUCCGGGAUGUUAUACAAGUCAGUGCUGUACGUACCGAUGGCAGAAGGCAAAAGAUUCUAUACACAUUUGGAACUGGAAACGAAGACAAUAUUUUUGUUAUUGGAGCGGAAACUGGCAUGAUACAAGUCAGAGAUCCUAAGAAUUUGGACUACGAGUUGCAUCACUCAAUACAUUUGGUUGUUGAAGUUAAAACCGAAGGUAAUCCCAAUUUGCAUGGGUAUUGUGACGUCAUUGUCAGGCUAGUGGAUCAAAAUGAUAAUGCUCCCAAGUUUACGCAGCAACAGUAUACUGCAUCUGUAUGGGAAGGAGAUAAGAAAGGUACUUUUGUGUUGCAAGUUGUGGCCUCAGAUGCUGACGAAGGGCAAAACUCUAGAAUAUUGUAUCACAUUGUGGACGGAAAUCACGAUAAUGCCUUCAAAAUCGAGCCUGCCUUUAGCGGAAUCGUGCGGACCAACAAUGUACUAGACAGAGAAAUUAGGGACAAUUAUAGACUUACAAUAAUUGCUACCGACGAAGGUAUACCACAAAUGACAGGUACAGCUAGAGUGCGCAUCAAUGUAGUAGACGUCAACGAUAAUCAACCAACUUUCCCACCGCCGCGCACCAUCAAAGUACCAGAAAACACCGAACUCGGCAGCCUGUUGACGACCCUAACAGCCAACGACGUUGACACUUUUCCUGAGCUCACCUACAGCUUUGCCCCAAACGUCGACAAGGAAUACCUAGAGUAUUUCUCUAUUGACAGGUUUAGCGGCAAGAUUUUCCUCAGGAAAAUGCUGGACUUUGAAACUUGGCAAGAUUGCAAAUUGAAAAUUGUUGCUAGUGAUACUGCGCAUGUGGCCGAAACCGUUUUGACUGUCGAAGUAGGUGAUGUAAACGAUAAUUAUCCGGAGUUUAUGCAAGGGACUUAUGAAACUAAUUUGCCAGAUAUCGUCUCCACAUCAUUCAUCGACAUUUUGACCCUCAACGCUACUGAUAAAGAUUCGGGCAAAAACUCUGAACUCACCUAUACCAUUGCCAACCCUUUGUCAGGCUUCUACAUCAACCCAUCCGAUGGAAUCCUAAAAGUCAACGUUUCCAAUGUUACCAGCACCCUGCAAGAUGUUUACUUGACUAUAAAAGCUGAAGACUCUGGAGAACCUUCUCUUCAUUCGCUAGUUUCUGUAAGGAUUAAAAACAGCAAACGCAUGGAGAAUAAUUAUGGCUACAAAAAAGAGUACCGCUUGGCUGUGAUGGAGAAUUCCAAAACUGGUACUAGUUUAAUCCAUUUGACCAAACCUAAUAGUCAAACUCAAGCCACCAGCUUCAACAUUCUAGAAGGCAAUAAUGAUAAAACAUUCCAAAUAUCACCUACAGGGACUUUGAUUUUGCUAAAGCCCUUGGAUCGAGAGCAGCAAGACAAUUAUGACCUCACUAUAUCAAUUGAUGGCUCUUUGGUGACUCAUGUCUUAAUCACUGUAGAGGAUUUCAAUGACAAUGCGCCAGUAUUUUUGGAAGCUACCUAUGAAACAAGCAUUAGUGAAAGUUUACCUGUUGGGGCCUCAGUUGCAAACAUCCAAGCAACUGAUGCAGACUUGCAAAACACCCCAAAUGCUGAUGUGAUUUAUGAAAUAACUUCAGGCAAUGAAGAUUGCUAUUUCAAAAUUGACUCAAUCACUGGCAUAGUUUAUGUUAAUAAUACUUUGGAUUAUGACCAAGGUAGCUUGUUAUAUAAUUUGGUUAUUAAAGCUUGCGAUAAAGGUGUUAAGCCUUUAUGCUCAUUGACAUCUUUAAGGAUUUUGUUGCAAGAUGAAAACGAUAAUGUGCCAUUGUUUGCUUUCAAUGAAUAUAUGGAGUCUGUAAGCGAAAACGAGCCUGUUAACACUGUAGUGUUUACAGCUCAUGCAACAGAUUUAGAUAAAGGGCCUUAUGGCAAAAUAAAUUACACCCUUGUGGAUAAUGCCGAUUGGAAACUGUUUAGUCUAGACACCCAAAGCGGCCUGGUAACUACAACCUCUAUUUUCGAUUAUGAACUUAGAAAUAGAUAUAGUUUUGCCGUAAAGGCUUCAGACACUGGAGGCAAAUCAUCAAUGGUAAAAGUCUAUGUAGAAAUUGAAGGCAAAGAUGAAUUUUAUCCACAAUUUACUGAGAGGACUUAUAAGUUUCCUUUAGCCACUUCAGUAGCUUUGCCAGCUGGUUAUGUAAUUGGUCACGUAGUGGCAACAGACAAAGACAAAGGGCCAGACGGUAGAGUUGUCUAUCAACUAACAACUCAACAUGGAUAUUUUAAAAUCAAUCGCACAACAGGCGCUGUAUUAUUAAAAAGGAAAUUUGACCAAUCAGUUUUGAUGACUUCUGGCAGAGAAAUCAGCCUUGUAGUAACUGCAAGCUCUGGGAGGCAAGGCUCCUUAACAAACAUGACAGUAAUAGAAAUCGUAUUGGAUCCUUUAGCAGAUCCUGGUACUAAUCUAGCCAUAAACCAAAAUCAAGUAGGCAUUUCAGAUUGGGCUUUGGGCCUAGUAAUUUCAAUUGCCUUACUACUGAUAAUAUUUGGAGCAGUUUUCGUUUAUUUGCACAUGCGCAACAAACGCAACCGCAAAAUGAACAAACCUAAUUUGAGUUCGGAGCCUGCUACAAACAACUAUGCGGACCCAAGUGGUUUUGAUACUAUUCCAGUUGGACAACCGAUGCAAAACCAAUUUGCCCCUCCUAAGUAUGAUGAAAUCCCGCCUUAUGGGAAUCCGGCUAGUUCUGGAGCUGCUACAACUUCUGAGUUGAGUGGGUCUGAGCAGUCUGGGUCAAGUGGUAGAGGUUCAGCUGAAGAUGGCGAAGAUGGUGAAGAUGAAGAGAUUAGAAUGAUUAACGAACAACGUGGCAACGAUGCUGACUCAUUAUCAGCUGUUUCAGUAAGAAAUACUCAAGAGUAUUUAGCUAGAUUGGGCAUAGUUGUCGAUACCAGCGCCCCUCACACUCAAGCAGGAAGUAGUAAAGAAUCCUUACACCAUCACCAAGCAGUACCUCUGCACAUCUUCGACGAAGAAAGUGCCAACGACCAAGAUAUCACCAACAUGAUUUAUGCCAAACUAAAUGAUGUAGCUAAUAGUGAUAGAGCUAGCUCAACAGACGAAGCUACUGCAAUGGCAAUCAGCUAUGGCGAAGUACCAUCAGUAACCCAUCAACCCUCAAUGAAUGGCUCCCUAAGCUCAAUAGUACAUAGCGAAGAAGAACUAGCAGGUAGCUACAACUGGGACUAUUUACUAGACUGGGGGCCUCAAUAUCAACCAUUAGCCCAUGUUUUUUCCGAGAUAGCGAGACUGAAAGACGAUACUGCUUCGGUGCACAGCGCUGCCAGCGGUACGUCAAGCGUUCGGAGUAAGAUUUCGGUUGCGCCCGGGCCUCCGUUGAUAACUAACAUAGCGCCCAGGGCUAUUUUGAACCCGAGGGCUAAUCAAAGUAUUAUGAUGUUGCCGAGGUCGCCCAUUAAUCACGAUGCUUCGGGGGCUGGGUUUAGUACUUCUACGGCGAUGUCGCCUAAUUUUUCGCCUUCGCUGUCGCCGUUAGCUACUAAAUCGCCUUCGAUAUCGCCGCAUCAUGUUAUGUCGCGGCCGUCAGCUCAAAAUAGGAAUAAGUCUAUUGUGGAUACAGAGUUGAGAAUAUGAUUAUUAUUACAUUACAGACUGAAAGACUCCUUUUUUUUUUUUAUUUGUAUAUUUUUGUAUUAUAAUUUAAUAAUGCUCAUUAGUAAUAAAGUGUUUUGCCAUUUUUAGCCAUAAUAUACCCGCGUCUCCCUUUUUUCUUAGAAACUGAAUUUAUUAUUUAUUUGUCUAAAUUAAUAUUGUAAAUAUAUUUGUUGUAAAUUUUUUGAAGUGAGUUCCUAUUUCAGGUUCUAUAUUAUUAUUCAAAUUGAAUCGAUUGUUGACCAAAUAUUUAUGUAAACAAAUUGUUUUUGUUUUUUUUAUUAUUGUAUCUUUUGUGUCCCCCCUUGUAAGAGUAUUUUUCUAUAUUUUUUUUUUAGGAAAUGUGAACUGUAAAAUUGUGUACAAAAGUAGUUUAGUGUAGGUUAGUGAAUAAAUAAAUAAAUAA